AUGAAGCUAAACUUCAGUUACCUAAAGCUGGAGACAUUCACAUGUGUUAACAAUCGGUUUAAUAUAUUUUUUCAUUUUUGUAUACUUUUUAUUAUUAAGGACUUAAUUUUUAUAAUGAAUUUUCUAAAAUAUCAACAUUUUUCUAAUCGCCAUGUUAAUAUUGAAGUGCCUGUAAUGGCAGAUCCAAGGACUAACAUAUUGCAGAAUAUUUAUAGUCAGUCUAAUGAUGAAAUUUGGAUUGAUUCCUGGUUGCAACAAAAUAAUAUCUAUCAUCCAAUACCUAAGAUCAAAGUAAAUAAAGCUGCUAAUGUGAUUACUAUCCAUGAAGCUCAAAAUUCCUUGAAGGAUUGCCUGAAGCUUUUAGAAAAACUUAGCCAAACACAUCAAGAACUGGAAAGCAACUUUGAUAAAAUUCCAUCAACCGAAUGGAAACACAAAACUGUGGAGAUUGGCAAUAUUAAAGAUCAAUUCACUAAAGUUAUUUCCAAAUUUGAAAACGGAGAUGCCAUAUUUGCUUUAAAGAAAACUAUUGAAAAGAGAAAAAAAAAGAGAAUUAAUCAAAAGAAAAAUAAAGAAUUUAGGAAACAACAAUUGGAGGAGGAAUUUCAGUUAAGAGAAAAAAUGAAUAAAAGUAUUGAUCAGUGGUUAGCUAGUAAAAAGGAGGAUGAUGAAAGAUUGAAAAUGGAAGAAGAUAUGAAAAAGGAUGCAGACUGUGUUCUAGCAGAGGUAACAAAGAAAAAAUCUGACGCUAGAAAGCAAAUGGCAUUAAUAGGUUCAUUAGCUAAACUGAGAUUUAUUAGACAUCACAUGGCUUUACAAAGAGGCGAAAAACCUUCUUUAGAAGAUCAAAAUGCUUUUAAUAUCACAGUUCUUAAAUUGAAAAAUAUGUGGGAAUCAAGUUUGAAAACAUACACAAAAGAAGAACAAGGUUUAAAAUUGUUGUUAGAACAAACUGCUACAGAAGAUACCAAAACUGCAGAGUUGAAAAAAGAGAAGAAUCUUUUAGAGGAAUGGCACGCGGUGUUUUUUGGGCCAAGGCAAGUUAUUCCACAGGAUAACGCUACUUAUUGGGCGUUAACUGCUGCUGAAAGAGACAUGGAGACGUUUAUAGCUAUAAGGAAAAGUUGGGAUACAUUCCUAGUUUCUCCCACGAAUGAAAUGGGUUCUAAAAUUCCCAUAGGGUGGGUUUUACCGGGUACUAAUGAAAAUUGGUCAAAAUACUUAGCGACUGCAUAAUAUAGUUUUUUAACAUUGUAACGGCUUUUUGGCUUUUUAUAAAUUCAUUUAAAAAAAUAUUUGUUCUUUUCAACCCCCUAAUAAUGAAAAUGAAAUUAAAAUUGUUUCUGAA